CAACCGCGUAUUUUCAAGCUGAGUACAGGACCUUGAAUAAUCUCAUCACUGUAAAUGUUGGGCUGUGAUUGUAGUGAUGAUGAUCUUGAUAGAUUACUUGAAAUUGAUGAAGAAGUAAAGUAUGAAAAUCAACAAUUACCGAUUGUCGACUUGGACACAAAUAACCGCUCCCCAAAUCCUAGCCAUAAGAGAACUCUAUCACUGGAUUUAGAGCAAUGUAGCUCAUCAAAAAUAUUAAAGACAUUAGUGGCUGACCAUGAGGAGGACAAGCUCCAAGAUAAUAUUCAGCCAUGUACAUCUAUACCAACAAAUGCUGGUCUAUUGAAAAGGAUUCCAUUGGUCGGGGAUUAUGUUUCAUUGACGUUUAAUAGUGGUGAACGAUUUUAUCUGAGUUUUGGUGAAUCCGACAUUGAUGAUUUACCUGAUAAAUUUAACAAGUAUUCUUGUAACUAUGAAUCAUCAGAUUUGGUGUAUAAAGCUGAGGAACUUCUGAAGAAUUCCAAGUCUAACAUGAUCAUUGCACAAAUCGGAGAGAAACACGGAGAAUCUGGUUUCGCACAACUAUGGACUACAAAAUAUUCCCCAUCUACUUAUUUAGACUUGAUAUCGGAUGAGACUACUAAUCGAACUCUCCUCAGGUGGUUGAAAGCCUGGGACCCAUAUGUAUUCGGGACACCAGUACCUAAAACUCAAGUUAAGUCAAACCCGAAUCCAGGGCUGGUACCAUACAAGUCGAAUGAUAUUGAAGCUAAAGCUGGUGAAAUUAAUCCUCGUGAUGGACUACCUCUAUAUAGACUGGUGUUAAUUUCUGGACCUCCAGGUUUAGGAAAAACUACUCUUGCUCACUUGUUGGCACAGCAUGCUGGAUAUCAAGUAGUUGAAAUAAAUGCGAGCGAUGAUCGUAGUUUAGGUGUAUUACGUGAUCGUUUAACGGCAGUCGUUUCUAGUUCAACCAGUUUAAAUACGUCAAAGAAGACAAGUUUUGGUAAUCAUGGAACAAAGCUUAAGCCGUGUUGUUUGAUCAUGGAUGAAAUAGACGGAGCUAUGCCUGUAGUAGUUGAACUAUUAGCGAAUGCUGCGAAAAAUACUUUGUCGUCUAAUACUGAACGACAACAACAGCGAAAUAGACGUGCUAAUCCUCCAUUAGUUUUACGUCGUCCUGUUAUCUGUAUAUGUAAUGAUCUAUAUUCUCCAUCGAUUCGAGCGUUACGAGCUCCCGGAAUACCUUGCUUAACUAUACGUAUACCUAUUGUUGACUUAGGUCGAUUGGUUUCUAGACUUGAUUUAAUAACUAAAACAGAAGGAUUAUCUCUUGACAAGAUAACCCUUACACAAUUGGUAGAAAUGUCUGAUCGAGAUAUUCGUUCGUGUUUAAAUACAUUGCAAUUCUUGAAUUCAGUGAAAUCUUUAAGUAAUAAUAUAAACCAUAAAUCAGGUUGUUUGUCAGUGAAUGAUAUCUUAUCACUGUCCCAAUUUCAUAACGGUGGUCUGAAAGAUGUUCAGAAAAGUGUAUUUGAUGUGUGGAAAGCUGUAUUUACCAUUCCUUCAUCUCGUUUACUUUCAAAUCGAAGAAUAACCAGGUCUGAAUACAAUAAUAAUAAUAAUAAUAAUAAUAAUAAUACAAGGAGAAGAUAUGGUAAAAAUCAUGAUACUCAAUCUGCUAGACUAGCCUAUAUAAUGGACGUUACAGAAGCUUCUACUGAUCAUCAACAAAUCACACUGGGUAUAUUUGAGAAUUAUCUUUAUGGUCAUUUAAAGGAUGCUACCUUACGAGUAGCUUGUCAGGCAUCUGAGUGGUUUGUGUUUGACGAUUUGCUUAACACUUGUGUACAAACCAAAUCGAAUUAUUCACUCCUACGUUAUGCUAAUUUCUUGCCUUGCUGGUUUCAUAUGGCUUUAGCUACACCAUCAGGUCUUUUCAACAAAUUUACUACUGCUAAUAACACAUCAACCGGAAAUGUCAAAUAUGUAGGCGGUUUACGUUGGCCUUCUACUCCUUUGGAAACUGCUGCCACUCGUUCACAUUAUUUGGGAAUAUUGGAUCAGUUAUAUUCAAACCAAUGGAAUCUACCUCAAUGUAAAUCUGAUAAGUCUGUCAGUAAUUUUAACAGUUUUCGAUUUCUACCACGUCGUCAUUUUUUAUUAGAUAUGGCACCUACUUUAAUUACUCUUUUGAGUAUGAUCGCUUCCACUCUUCGGCCGUUGAGUGCACAGUUGUAUAGUCAACAUGAGAAAUUAGCGCUUGACAAUUUAGUCAAUUUAAUGUUAAAUCUUGGUUUGAAUUUGUUAGCAGAACAGGAUUCUGAGAGUAACGAAGUUCAAUAUCAACUUAAUCCGCCGUUAGAUCUUGUUGCUUGUUUCACAAAGACAAGUAGUUUGAAGUCACUUGGAUAUGCUACUAAACAGUUUAUUGCACGUGAGUUAGAAAUCGAAAGAGUUCGACGUUCUGAAUCAAUGAUUAAUCGAAAUGUCAGUAAGUCAGAAGCUUGUAAUGCCACCACCAAAUCGGAUUCCAAACCAUCACUCGAGAGUUUAAUGGAUACUGUAUCACAAAAAUCAAAACUUAUUGGUACAAAAAGUUCAAAGGUGAAAAAAGAUUUCUUUGGACGCAUAAUCAAUGAAAAAAUGAAUAUUUCUAGUACUGUGAAUACAACUGAAGAUUGCGGUGAGCAAAGAGAGUCCAUUGUCGACCGAGAUAUUUACUACCGCUUUAAGGAGGGCUACUCAAAUGCAGUCCGACGACCGGUUACUAUGAAAGAAUUCUUUUGCAGAGUAAAAUAUUUUGGAUUUCCACAAAUUGAUUCUUUUGUAUGUUUGUCGAAGAAUUGACAACUGCGAGUUGGGUCAACUAUAUAUAUAUCUUCAUUAUUAUGUAUGCAGUUGCAUAUGAGUUUCCUCAGGAUACUCAGUUAUUUUGUGAGAUUUCUCAUUUACAAUAGUAACCCAAUACAAUCAGUUUUCUCUCUGUUACUGUAUUUACACGUAUCGAUUCUAUGUAUGUAAUGGUCAGUGUUUUUAGAACUAGUUAUCACUUGUUCGUCUUAUUUUGUAGCUAACUUUAAAAUGAUUUAACAACUGAAUUUUAUAACUAUUUUCUGAAACGUAGCGGUUGCAGAGGAUUUACUCGAACUGUUUUGAUCCAGGCUCCCUAAUAAACAUCAUAAUGC